CGCAUGCGCGGCGGCCAUAUUUAAAAAUUUUACCAAGUCUAGUCUGUGGGUUGGAAAACAAAUCUGUGAUAAAUAUUACCAAAAAUGAGUCCCGAAAGAGAAACCCAAGAUACAGAAGAUGUUCUAGAAUCCAUAGACGAGUUGAAAGAAAGGUUAUCCUCUAUGAAGCGGAUGAUGGAGGAGCGGAAAGCUGCUGGAUCGGGAACCAAGGAUCUGUUCCAGGGUCAAGCUCCCAGUCUCCACGGAACCAAUAUGAUAGACGGGCAUUUCUUAUCAUUUGUAUUCGGAGGAUCCCUAUUCGUCAUACUUAGUGUUACUGUGUAUGCCUUUUAUAAUCUCUACCAUGCUGUACUGAAGAAGUUUCCUUCAACUCACACGGAGUUGUAAUUUCAACUUUAAAUGUAAUGGAAUAAAGUUCGAUUUCUUAUGGGUCUGAUGGUAUGAUGUUUUUUAAAUCAUCAUCAUUAACUGACCAGGCUAUGUUUUGUAUCUGAGCUUCCUAGCUUAGGCUCGGGUUUUUAAAAUGCGGACGAUUACCGAUUAGGUAAGAAAUUCCAAAAUUUUCAUAAUGAUUUUUUUAAACAGUAGGUACCUUUAAGUUUCAUUGUCUUUCUAGGGAACUUUGACAUAAAGUUCUAUUUUUUUUAUCAUCUUCGCAUUAUUGCUUUUCUCAUUUGAGGACAUCGCUCGGUUGGAUGGUUUAAUAGCCUAUAAUAACAGGCAUUUAGUACAUUUUUUUCAAUUUAAAUUUUUGUGUUUUAACCAAUGAUUUUAUACUAUUAAAAUGUCACUAGCGCGUCAAAAAUGAGUCAAACAAAUGUGGCUAAUUGUCUUAAUUUAAUUUAGUUGCAUAGUAAACAAUAUUUAAAUAAAUAAUACUAUAAACUAUAUAUACAUAAAUAUAUAGUGUAAGUAAACACGCUCAGUGGAGUAGCUAAAUUCGGAUUACUUUUUUGCAGUGAAUUUGUAGACACAGGUAUAUCUAAUAGUAUAAAAUCGUUGGUUUUAUGUAGAUCUACUAUUCAAUAUUCAGAUUCGAUAUACUGAUUAAUAAUGCCGGGCCCUUCUGGCUAUAAACAUCACAACAAUUUUACAAAGAAUUCGUUUUAGAACUCAACUAUAAUAUGUGACCAUAUGCCUUAAGCCACCUAUUACAGUGGUUUUAGCAUCAAUCAUACUCAAACUGAAACACAGUGAAGUGAGUGAGUGCGUGGCUUAAAUAGGCAUGGUGAAUUUAGUACAUCAACAUCACAGAGAGAUUACUCAUGAAAUAACCUAUAUAGUUUCAGAUCUAUGGACUUCCAUCAUGAUAUGUUACGAUAAGCUAAUUAAAUUGAUUUAAGAAACUAAGUGUGCCAAAUUUCAUCAAAAUUUGGGCUGUGUUGGAAUAGAGUAACAAACAUUCUAAGUCUUCACAUUUAUAUACUUACAGCAUUGAUGUUAUACAGAUGAUGG